GCGUCUAAAACUAAAAUUUCCACGAAAACAUUACACUCCCAUUAUUGCCCUUAUCGGUGGCCCUGUUUCUUAUCCCCUUCCAAUUCCCACCGAACAAAACCCUAAACCCUUCUCUGAAACUCUGCGAGUGUUUGGGGUUCGCAAUUGGCAUCAAUGGCGGGAGGCAAAGCGAAGAAAGAGAAGGCGAGGCCAGCGGGGCACACGCCCUACCAAGGAGGCAUAUCAUUCCACAAGUCCAAGGGACAGCACAUCCUCAAGAAUCCCUUGCUCGUCGACUCCAUCGUCCAGAAGUCUGGCAUCAAAUCCACCGAUGUCAUCCUCGAGAUCGGUCCCGGUACUGGUAAUCUCACAAAGAAGCUUCUAGAAGCUGGUAAGAGGGUCAUCGCCGUCGAGAUUGACGCCCGCAUGGUCCUCGAGCUGCAGCGCCGCUUCCAGGGCACCCCUCACUCCAACCGCUUGCAGGUGAUUCAAGGAGAUGUGCUGAAGACUGAGCUUCCCUAUUUUGAUAUAUGUGUAGCAAACAUCCCUUAUCAAAUUUCAUCUCCCUUGACCUUCAAGUUAUUGAAGCACCAACCGGCAUUCCGAUGUGCCAUUAUAAUGUUUCAGAGGGAAUUUGCAAUGAGACUGGUUGCCCAACCUGGUGACAAGCUCUACUGUCGUCUUACCGUCAACACCCAACUAUUGUCACGGGUCUCCCACCUCCUCAAAGUUGGAAGGAACAAUUUUCGCCCUCCGCCUAAGGUGGAUUCUUCUGUGGUGCGAAUUGAGCCCAGGAAACCGGCUUUACUAGUGAACCAAAAGGAGUGGGAUGGGUUUUUGCGGAUCUGUUUCAAUAGGAAGAACAAAACCCUUGGCUCAAUUUUUAGGCAGAAAAGUGUCAUCAAUUUGCUCGAGAAGAAUUACAAGACCCUGCAGGCGCUUAAUCCUGCAACAGCCCAGGAAGAGGAUACUAAUGAUGUAAUGGAGUUUAUGGAUGAGGACAUGGAGAUGGAUGAUGAUGGAGUCGAUGAUGGAAUGGAGAUGGAGGUGGAGGAUGGUAAUGCGGAAGGGGAGGUAUCCGAAUUCAAGAAAAAGGUUCUGGACGUGUUGAAGAAGUCCGGUUUUGAAGGCGAAAGGUCCUCCAAGCUCAAAUUACAGCAAUUUCUAGACCUACUUUCCCAGUUCAACAAGGAUGGUAUACACUUCUCCUGAUCUUAGGAUCCAAGGAUAUAUUUCUUGCAAGAUUAUUAUACAUUUUACCCAACCCAAUUUUGUUAGGUUGCAUCAAGUCUCUCUCGUCGGUUGGUUUAGUUUGAGAUUAUGUGUCGGAUGCUUUUAAAAUUUUCCUUUCCAAUGUAUGUGGAUAAUGAAUCUCAAGUGAGACAAUGCUGUAAUGAGAUUUCACGGUUUUUAAUCGAUUUUACGAAUUAGUACAGAA